AUGGGUAACAAGGUUACAAAGCGACGGUAUACGGUGGAGGAGCAGUACACGCACCCGCAGGGGCUGUACCCGCACCGCGACAUCGACCUGAAGAAGCUUCGACGGCUCAUUCUCGACGCCAAGCUCGCUCCGUGCCACGUGGGCGGCGACGAACCCAGCAGCGACCUGGACGAAUGCCCCAUCUGCUUCCUCGUGAGUGCUGAGAGUCAUGCUGCAGUGAGUUCCACCCAGCCCUCUCAUUUCUUUCCCCCUUGCUCACUCUCCUCUGCUACUUCCUCUUCUCCCUCCUCUCUCCUGCUCUCCUCCUCCUCCUCCUCCUCCUCCUCCUCCUCCUCCUCCUCCUCCUCCUCCUCCUCCUCCUCCUCCUCCUCCUCCUCCUCCUCCUCCUCCUCCUCCUCCUCGUCUUGUUUUUCGCUCGAGGAGCAGAAGGUGAUAGAAGCAAAGAUAAGGAUGCGGCAGGAGGAGGAGGAGGCGUAUGCAGCACGGGUGGCGGAACGCCAGGCGGCAACAGAAGCUGCCUCUUCCCUCAAUUCCUCCUCCACCUCCUCCGCGCUCCCUCCCACCACCCCCCCGCCCUCUCGCACUCCUCCUACGCCCCCCACAUCUGCUGCUGCUGCUGCCACGAGUGCUUCGUCAGUAGCAGGCGAAACAGCAGGGGAGACAGGAGAAGCAGCAGAAGCAGCAGCAGCAGAAGCAGCAGCAGCCAGUGGCAGCAGCGACACAGGCAUGGGGGUCCUCCGUUCCUCCCUGCAGCUCUCCUCCUCCGCCUCGUCCUCCUCUCGAGAGAGGGGGGGCAUAGGCCGUUCCACCUCCCGCCCCAGCAGUAACAGCGGCCGCGGUGGUAACCAGACGGCUAGUCACAAUUGGUGGGAGGGGCCGUUUGCAGGGGGGGGAGCAGGGGCGGGAGCAGGGGUGCGGCCGAAUCAGCUGCAUUUGCCGGGUGGGGGAGGGUAUUCUCCAGGUGUGAAUGAUGGUGGUGGGAGGUAUGGGGCCGGUGGCGGGACGGGCGGAGUAGGGGGUGGGGAUGGGGGUGAGGUUUGGGUUGGGGGCGCGGUUAGGGGCAUGAUGCCUACAUAUGGUGUGGGAGGGAGUGCUGGUGGCAGGGGAGGGGGGAUGGGAGGAGGGGGAGCAGGGGGGAGAGGGUUAGGGGGAGGGGCAGGCGGAGGAGUGGUCCCAAACUUUGGUGAGUGGCGUGAUGAUGGUGAUGAUGAUGAAGUCGUGUUCGACGGCAACAUGGCCCACCAUCGCCUGGAGUUGGAACGAGCCCGCCGCAGAGCUGCUGCUGCUGCUGCUGCUGCUGCUGCCGCCGCUGCUGCUGGCGCUGCUGGCGCUGCUGGUGGUGCUGGUGGUGUUGGUGCUGGUGGUGCUGGCGCUACAGCCGGUGCUACAGCUGCCUCCUUUUCCUCCCCCACUGGCAGCUCCAGCAGCAGCACCCGAGCCUGGUACCCAGGCUCGGUGGAAGGGGCAGGCUUGGCAGUGGGAGCCAGGGCUGGUUCGGGAAGAUAUGGUUCGGGGUCAGGGAGAGGCGUGGGAGCAAUGGGAGGUUGGCCAGGCGCAACUGGUGCUGCAAUGGGUGCUGCGAGUAGCCAUGGAUCCACCGUCUCUCCCAGGCUCUCCCCUUCAAGAGCGGACGAGCUGGGAGUGGAUUUGGAGGAGCUCUUGCUCAUGGAGGCCAUCUGGCUCUCGCUGCAGGUACGCCUUGCUUCCUCUGCCGCUCUCUGUCCAGCUGCUACCUGCUGUGGGGCUCUGCUUUUCUUGCCUUUCUUGGGAGUGGAUUUGGAAGAGCAGCUGUUGCUCAUGGCGUCCAUUUGUCUCUCCCUCCCCACUUGCCCCUUUCCCCUCGACCCAGCAUCAGGAUCAAGACGAGGCAGCUCGCCGCACAUCAGAUUCAGCUUCAACACCAGCAAUUACUGA